CAGUAGCAGUCAGGUUCUGUUUUUAUUGUUGUUGGUACUGUAGGAUGAGUCAGAAAGGUGCAAACAAAGACUUGUAUUGUUCAUGGUUGACUGUUGGAUCCAGAGGACAGGUGCCACCAAAAAAAAACAACAAAAAAAAAAACAAAAAAAAAAACUGCACAUAUCAUACUGUAAGCCUCACUGCGCUCUUCCAUGGAAAGCUGAGGAAUGACUCUGACGGGUCUCUGUGUUGUUCUCCCUUGGGGACUUUUCCAUUCUUGGGGUUGCACUGAUAUUUGAUCCAGUUUGGCAACAGGGAUCAAACAAGCAGAGGUAACUGCCGCUAUGAACGCUUUAUUGGUACAGCGGUUGAAGUGUGCACACAAAGGGUGGAGCCGGAGCUCUCUUUCCAGCCCGCAGGGAUCAAAUGUAAACUUGAAGAGCCGCAGGAGGAAAUCGGAUGUUAGGUGUCCAUAAAAUGCGGCAGCUUCACAGCUGUCACAAUGUGCGUUUUAGAGCACCGGUUUGCUUUUUGAUCACACUCGGUGCCUGUCAGGUUUGAUCAGUAGAGUAGCCAAAAUUUGAGUGCAGCCAUGAGGCGCACCGCUCUGGCUCUUCCGCGCAUCCAGCCCUCGCCGCGGGCUGCGCGUAAAAGCGAGUGGCUCCGCAGCGCCCUGGCCCAUCACCAUUGUCCCGAUACGGGAGCCGAAAACGAAAUAAUCGUCCUGGCCACGGGAAUCGAUCAGUACCUGCAGGAGGUCUUCCACCACCUUGCCUAUCCUAACCAGGACGACACUGUGUCCGCGGAGGACUUCAAAGCUCUCUGCGCCGUGCUGGGACUUCCCGGAGCUCUGAAAACACUGACGGCAGAGGAUGGAAGCGGAGAAGACGGAAUAGAGCAGCAACUUGAAGAGUUUAGGGAUGUUUGUUCAUCGCUUCCUGAAAAACUUUCAUUUAAAGACUUUCACUCUCGCCUCUGUGGGUAUUUCCGUGUGCGCAGCACGUCUGCGGUCACCGGGGUAUGCGACUGGCGUCUGCCGGUUUCUGAGGACACGGAGCUGGUGGAGAGACAGAUCCGACUGCGGUGGCCCCGCGUCCGGAGGAAGAAGUGUGUCAGCUUUGAUCUGAGCAGAGAUCAGACUGGAACCCGAAGCAGGUCUGGGAAAAGUCGAACCGUGGAGCACCUCCGUGAGCAAGAUGAGGCUGCCGCUCUCAGGGAACUGGUGGAGGAUCUCCGCUGUGCUCUGCAAGGGAGCGACGCUCGCUGUCUGGCCCUGGAGGUGAGCCUCAGACGAGAGAGGAGCCGGACCCUCACUGCACCCUACGACCACAGCGCCUCUGUUUCUGCUCCUGAAUCCUCCAGCAUCCUCAUGCAGGGAAAACUGGUCCAAAUUGAGAGAUUCAAAGGGCAGCCUGGGGGUGCCCAAGACGACAGACCUAGGAGGGGACCAAGGAGGAGGGAAACCAGAGACCCCCUUCUGAGGGAGCUGAAACUCAUUCGAUCCUCACGUGAUGGGCAGCUAGAAGAAGCCAUGAAAUUCAGUGAGCGCUUGGAGGAAGAACUGCAGUGGGCAUACCAGGAGGUGCGCAAGCUGCAGGGGAUGGAAUCAUCCCUGAGAAAGGAGAACAGCCAGAUCAGGAAGCGGACAGAGGAAGCUAGAGAGGCUCUGAGUUUGGGGCUGCAGAGGGUCCGGCUGAUUCAGGAGCAGGCUCAGUCUGUGCCACAGCUCGAGUCCAAGAUCACUGAGCUGGAAACAGAGCUACUCCGGUACAGAAUCGGCUGCACCUGCCUCUCCGCCUCUGCAGGUCAUUUUAGUCAACCUGAGGAAUCCUGUGAUGCUGAGUGUCUGCAGAGGGCAGUUGAAGGAAGAGCUGCCUCUGAUGAAGAAGAAGAGGACCAGGGGCUAAAGAAGAGAGGAAAAUGCUGCUCCUUGGAGGGAAAGAGCAACCUGUCACUCAAUCAUGGCUUUGGUGAUGGGGUUCAGAAGAACACAGUCCAUCGACCUCUCUCUCAGAGUCUCUUGGAGCACCAUAGAGAGCAGCUGUCUCUCUAUGGUGCUCCAAGAAAGCCCACUGGCACUCCUAGGGACAGGAAAAAGUGCUGCAGCUGGAUGGGACCAAAGCAGAAAAUGGAAAAUGGAUGUAGAGAGUUUGUAAAGGUAAAGAGGCCUGAGGACGAGGCGGAGAAGACGCAUCUGUCUUUGCUGGAGGACAAACUCACAGAUUCCCUCACCCUGCUGCUACAGCUGCGCAACAAGAAUGUGUCAUGCAGGGUCCUGGAGAAGAUAGUGAUGGACAGCCUUGAUGUCACAGCAAAGGUAAAGCUGGUACGUCUGCUUCUAAGUUCUUUUCACGCUCAAGCUUUGCUUGCUUGCCGAACCCUUUUCCUUCCCUGUGUAGGUCGACCGCCGGGCCUGCAGGCUGCUGACGCCCUCUGCAUCCACCUGACUUCCAGUGGCCUUCCCAAAGGCAGAGGGGAGGAGGACAAGGAAGAAGGCCAGAGUGCAAAGAAACAUCUGCUCCCACCUUCAGGAUGCCAAACCAACAAUGUUAACUCUCUGCUCAUCUCUGGUUAAAACGUUAACCUCUGUCAUUCCAGUCUUAGUUAAUCUAAUUUUACGAUUUAACCUUAAAUGUACGUACUUAAUCCAGUCUGUUAUUUUGCAUUUAUUUAAUUUAAAAAUUACAUUAAGCACUUGUGUAGACAUAUUGACAUAAACAUGUAGAAUUAUGUUAUCAUUUUUUGGGUUUCAGAAUUUCACUAUAACCUACCUCAAUCAUUUGUGGCUCAGUCAAUAAAGAAAUCUACUAUUUAA